UAGGCCUUUUAAUACGUGUCAAAAACUUAAAGAGGAAGACGAUGACUUUGCAGUCUAGUUGAUUCACAUCUCCGAGUGGAUACUACUUAACUAUUUGCAAAGCACAGCAUUUUCAAGGUGAGCAUUUCAAGAAAUGGACUUCAACAAGCUCAAGAAAAUGGAGGACGUGGUGCGCAUCGGUGGCAAGGGAUCUAUGCGCCGCAAGCACAAGAACAUCCCAUCCUCGUCUGCGGCCGAUGAGAAGCGCGUGCAGGCCACAUUGGGCAAGUUACCGUUGAAGAAUAUCAGCGGAAUCCAGGAGAUGACCAUCAAGUUCACCGAUUCCAGUGAGGUUGUGGUAAUCAUGCCCAGGGUUCAGUGCACCGCUGCCCAUGGCAUGUUAGUUGUUAGUGGCGAUUUUGUGCGCAAGUCGCCAACAGCUUGCCCAUCGAAAGUGGCCAAGGCGCCCAAAGAACCCAUGCCAUCCAAUCCGGAACCUUUUUCCGACAAAAAGCCAGAAUCUGAAGAGUCCAUUAAGUUGGUGGCCAAGAAGCGCAAGAAGCCGCGCAAUCGUGUUCGUCCUCGCAAUAAGAAGGUGCAAGUGAUGCUCUCCAAAAACAAUGAGGAAGCAGCCAUGGCUGGCGGGGAUUCGGAGCCGAAGCUUAGCAAUGGUAAAUCAAUUUUGAUCUCCUCUGAAGAUGGUAGCGAUCCGGAUAAUAACAACGUGCCAUCGGAUGAGUCUGAUGUGGUUCAGACCAUCGCCUGCGACAAAGAUUCGCUGGAAAGCGGCGAUGAUUCCGAUGGCAAGGAGACCGAUGACAGUAUGGAGUCGAACUACUUAUCUUUCUACUCCGAUGACUAUGAUUCCCAGGGGGAGCAGCACAAUCCGAAGAGUUAUCGCACUCAGGUCUCCGAGGUCGAAGAUUAGACUCAUUAAAUAAAUCGCAUACUAUUAACGUGCAUCCUGUACCUUACAUAUUUUUUCUCUAGAAUUUCUUAGAGUUGUCAAUAUUAUUUGGGGAAAUGGCCAACGAAUGAUUAAAAUUCUCUUGCAUUGUUAUAAGCUGCAAAACACGGCCCAAAAACCAAAAAUGUUUCUAAAAUUAAAUGAUAUGUAUUUACAUAUAUAAUUCCUGUCCGCAUUUAUAUAUAGUAUAUACCAUUGAGUCGCCUAAAUAUCCAUUUGAUCUUCUGAAUGAUUUUUCGUGCCGCAUUUCUUGAACGCAUUAAACAAGAAAUCCAAGCAAAAUUAAUUUAGCAAACGUUUAAGAGGAAAUGACACGCCCCUACUUACGUUUCACGGUGGCGGAGGUGGAAAGGGCGGCAAAAACUAAUCUGCGCCUCGAAAAAUGUACGAAAUUAAUCUGCACAUAAAUUAAGCAUUAAAAUUUAAUAUAUUUGUUUAUGGAGCCUCAAAGUGCGAUGGUGUUGGUGGGGUGGAGUCGGCGGAGCACACGAGUGGGCGUACCGGAUGUGCUCUGUAUGUGGAACAUGGAUUGUGUGUGUAUGUAUAAGUGUGUGGUGUGUGCUGUAUGGUGUAUGGUGAAUGGUGUAUGGUGUGUGUUCUUAGUGGUAAUAAAUAAAUAGCAAAAAGGUAAUAAAACAGAUAGCGAAAAAGGAAAAAAAAAGGGGAGAACAUCCCGGGGGGAUGUGGAAUCUGCCAACUGGUUGCCCAUUAUCGUAUUAGCACAUGCCACCAGUGAUUAUUAUGAGGUGUCCUCCCUCUGCUCCAGGUCCUGCCACAGCUCCAGGUCCUGCCCCUUCCCUGCUUCUGCUCCCUCGCAUCCUUUGUCUAUGCAUGCGUGUAUAAUUAAUUUUGCACCCCUGUUUGUAUCUACAUCCCCCAUGAUCAGCACCCCAGCUCUUGUUCUCGCUCCAGCUUUUGCUUUUGCGUUUGCUAUUCCCCUUUUGCUUUCGGGGCAACAAUGGAUGGCCUUCAUCCCAACUGGGAGCCAGCACUCUGGCAAAAUUGGUAGCGAGUUUCCCCAAUGGAAUCGGGGCCAAAUCGGGCGGGCUUAUGGGCUGUCGACAGACACCAACGAAAACCAACGAUAUCCUCUUGCCGGACGGGUAGGGGGUGCUGCACUUUAAUUUCCCACAAGAUUCCCUACAAUGCGUACGCAUUGCAAUUCUUAAAAGCCAAAUUGGCUGUGGCUAACACUGAUUAAUCCGCACGUUGUUCGACUGCCAACUAUGGGCCUUAAAAAGGUGAGAUUACACGUGGCAAAGCGGCAAAUUUUCCUAUUGUUUUCGUAUUCUCCGUGGAAAAUUUUACAAAUUUUAAGCAGUGCAAUAUAGUAUGAUAUUUGCCUAUAUAUUUGCUUUUGUUUAUACAUAUUUCCAAUUAAAAUUGAAUAAUUUGAACGAAAAUGAAACAUUUCACAUAGGAGUUCCUCGUUUUUGAUGGGUUUUUAAAAGCACACAUACUCGUGGACAUGCCAGCAUAAUAGAAGUAUAAAAACGUAAAGAGAGACCCAUUGAAAAUGAUAAAAGCUUAAAAUUGUCAAGGCGAUGCUUCUGAGGCAUUUUUAUUUGAUAUUUUUAUGGUAUAUAAAAUUUCUGUUGGUCUGAACUGAAGCUUCCAAGAGCUUAAUGCUGGAUUUCACUGGUGUCCAAAAGAUACUUGAUUCUCUGAGGGGUUCAAGUAUCCAAAAGUCUAAGCUGAUGCCAUUCCACCAAGUGGCUUACUUUACCUUGGAAUGUAAUGUGAGUGCUUUUGAAAAAACAAAAAAAAGCAAUGAAAAGACGUUCAAAUGGUAUUUGGAUUAUGUCGCUCGCCUUUUGCCGCUUUGUUCUUGAUGAACUCUGGAAAUUUCGGGAAAUAGUGGCGUUUAUGAAAGUUGUCAUUUCGAUUUGAUGACUAUUGUCGAACAUUAUCUACCAUAAUUCAUAAAAGAACGCCGUAUCCAGUUGGUGCGGCGAACGGAAGAUGGAUGAAGAUGAAUGGGCCAUAAGAACAUCUCAUUAGGCUGAGUGAAAAAUAGACCUAUCCGCAACACCUACUUGAAUCGAUUCCAGAGUGCUGUGGGUGGUCUGCCCUGUGCUAUAUUGUCGCCGCUUUUGUUUGGACUCUAAUGAAAUACGCAUUAUUUGGCAACUGUCUGGCAGGCAGGGUGAAUUUAAUAUCUGGCAACAAGGCUUCUGCUCCCGCUCCUCUGCUUCCUGAUGGCUCCUUGGCCGUGCUCCUCGCCUGUCAUCCGCAAACGAUGCCAUUCAUUUUAAGUCACAUGUGUCGCCCGGGCAUUUGGCCACAUCCCGGGCAAACCGAUUCGAGGACAUUGUAUUGCGGUCGACUAUCCCUGUCCCUAACCCACGGCUUAAGUGUUUAUUAAUAUUGAAUCGUGCGAACCCGGACAUGUGUUGGCCCCCUAAAUUGACUUUGCCGUAACUGAUAAGGUCCCAUUCGCAAAAGACGCAGCCUGUAGUUAUUGUAACAAGCCAUUUGUGAUUGUUAUCGAGCUUGGCGGAGACAACAGCUGGUCACACUACACGCACGUAUCGCAGCCAGGACUCAAAAGAAGUCCUUGCACACAGCAAGGAUUCCAUUCCAUUCGAUUCGAUUCGAUUCGAUUCGAUUCUGGUCGAAGAACAAUUACGAACUGAGAACUGCGAACUGCGAACUGCGAUGCUCUUGAAACGGCAAUUAUGAACUGCGCCCUCCGCCGCGCUUCUCACAAUCGCAAAAGAGGUCAUGGGGUCAGCAGCUGGCGAGAAGUUCACAAUGGAAGGGGGGGAAAAGUUCGCCCUCAGUGCUCUUCAAUUAUUGUAAUCUAUUUUAAGAGGCACUUAUAUCAAUAUUUUCGAUUCGUUUUCGAAAAGAGUUCUUAGCAGAGUUAUUCUGCAUCGCUCGUUCCAUUUCCAAGCCCCCCUAUUCCAUGCCAAAUUCACAUUCCUUGUCCUUGCCAAAAUUCUUUGCUUAACUUUCGCCUCCAGUGCCAGCGAAACGAGCUAACCUGGCCCAAAAAUACUAUACUGCAGGAUGCUUUCAGGCCUUGGCAACCCUCUGUUGGGCUCACACACACACACACACACACACACACACUCAUACACAUACACUCAUACACACACACUCGAAUGCUGCUAGCACACGUUCUCGUUCCGCUGGGUAAUGUCUUUAUAUUUGAAAUUGCUUUGCUAUUAAAACAAAAUAAACGACGCGACGCGCAACUUAUAAAUUUUGUUUGAAAAUCAAGUGAAAUAAAUGCAGUGGCAGAAGUAAGGCGCUGAAGGGGUGA